GCUGAGCGAUAAUUGAUCUAAUUGAAAAUGGCAUUUUCAACACAGACUCCCACCAUCGUGGUUUUGAAGGAGGGAACGGAUACCUCACAGGGUAAAGGCCAGAUAAUUAAUAAUAUUAAUGCUUGUUUGGCCAUCCAGGACACCUUGAAACCUACCUUGGGUCCAUUUGGUUCUGAUAUUCUUAUUGUAUCUUCUAAUGGCAAAACCACUAUUUCUAAUGAUGGUGCCACUAUUUUGAAGUUAUUAGAUAUUGUUCAUCCAGCAGCCAAAAUGUUAGUUGAUAUAUCCAGAGCGCAAGAUGCUGAAGUUGGUGAUGGUACAACAUCUGUUACCAUUUUAGCAGGUGAACUAUUGAAGGAAAGUAAAAGUUUUAUUGAAGAUGGUAUCUCAUCUCAUUUAAUCGCAAGAGGUUUGAGAAAGGCUUGUGAUCUUGCAGUGGAAAGGAUUCAUGAUAUUGCAAUUGAGGUUAAAAAGGAUGAUCCUAAAGAAUUCCGCCAAUUAUUAGAAAGAUGUGCCACUACUGCCAUGUCUUCGAAACUUAUCAGUCAAAAUUCAACAUUUUUCACGAAGAUGGUGGUAGAUGCUGUCUUAAGCUUGGACCAAGACUCAUUGGAUGAGAAAUUGAUUGGAAUUAAGAAAGUGCCUGGUGGUUCAAUGGAAGAAUCCUUAUUUGUGGAUGGUGUCGCCUUUAAAAAGACAUUCUCUUAUGCAGGUUUUGAACAACAGCCAAAGAAGUUUUCCAAUCCUAAAGUUUUGAACUUAAAUGUCGAACUUGAAUUGAAGGCCGAAAAGGAUAACGCUGAAGUAAGAGUCGAACAAGUCAAAGACUACCAAGACAUUGUUGACGCUGAAUGGAAAAUAAUAUUUUCUAAGUUAGAAGCAAUUCACAACAGUGGUGCCAAUAUUGUGCUCUCAAAAUUACCAAUUGGUGACUUGGCCACUCAAUUUUUUGCCGACAGGGAUAUUUUCUGCGCUGGAAGAGUGGCCACAGAAGACAUGGACCGAGUUAUCCAAGCGGUUGGCGGAACAAUACAAUCCACGUGUUCCAAUAUUGUCGAUAAAGACCUCGGAACUUGUGAAGUGUUCGAGGAGGUUCAAAUUGGAUCCGAGAGAUAUAACUUAUUCAAGGGAUGCCCCCAAGCUAGGACAUGCACAUUGGUUUUAAGAGGAGGUGCCGAGCAAGUCAUUGCUGAGGUUGAGAGGUCAUUACAUGAUGCAAUUAUGAUCGUCAAAAGAGCCGUCAGUCAUAACUCUGUAGUUGCUGGAGGAGGCGCUAUUGAAAUGGAAUUAUCCAAAUAUUUGAGAGAAUUUGCAAGGUCAGUUGCUGGUAAACAACAGUUGGUAAUUUCAGCUUUCGCCAAAGCUUUGGAAGUCAUUCCUAGACAGCUUUGUGAAAAUGCUGGUUUAGAUGGUAUAGAAUUGUUGAAUAAGUUAAGAAGCGCCCAUGCGAGAGGUGAGAAGUCGAUGGGAAUAGAUUUUCACAAGGAGUCAAUUGGCGAUAACAUGGAGAGUUUUAUUUGGGAACCAGCAUUAGUGAAAAUAAAUGCUCUCGAAUCGGCUACAGAAGCAGCAAUUGUUGUUCUUUCAGUUGACGAAACAAUAAAAAGCGAAGACCCGUCGCAAGAAGGAAGAGGAAGGGGUGCAUUUUAGCUUGUUCGUAAAUUGUGUACUGUUUAUAGUAAUUGUCACACUCACAAUAGCCACGAAAUUUUUGAAGGACUGGC